AAGCACAGUUAGAGGGAGAAAACAGAGCCGUUAGCCAGCUGGCUAGCUGGUGUGGGUUUUUUUUUCGGAAAGUGCACGUAUUUUAUGAGUGUUGACACUGCAAAAAAAAAAAAAACUCACACUCGCCUCUGAUCGCAGUGUUGGAGGAGGGCUGUCGAGGAACUAGCCAGUAUUAAUGUUACAAAGACACGAACCCACGAACGGGGUCUACGUGUGAUGGAAGAGGGAGCCACACAAGAUAAAUAAAUAUAAACAACCCCUGGAUCGACUGAGGAGACCAGAGAACAGGGGCGAGGGGGUAGCCAAAGACAGUUAGAGGGAAACUGACAGAUGCUGGGAGACUGGAUGUCUUUGGCAUUUGUCUUGGGCGACAGGAGGGCGGACGAAGAAGGCAAGUAGCUAGCUGAUUGAAUGUGAGGGUACAGCUAGCUCCCAAGCCAGUGAAUUUUGAAAAAGACACCACCCGCCAGCCCCUCCCUCCCCUCUUGAUAAUACAGAGGGAACGAUCGAGGACUGAGUGACGGGACAGUUUGUUUGCAGUAUCCUGUGUUUCUAAAUAAAUAUCUCUGAAGAGUGGAAGUGCUAAACAGGUGUUGAAGUCUUGGCAGUGAAUGUAGGCCUUGUGUUUACGGGACGCCCUGUACGAGUUUUGGAGUUUGAAACUACUGGACAUACUAGCUGUUCAUCGCGAAUGACAGUCUGACACAAAAUUAAGUCAUCGGACUUGUGUUGUUUUUCAAAGAGAGAACCGCCUCCUGCUUGCUCCAGCUGCCGCCGAGGUUAAGCGCGGUUCAGAGUUUGGAUAGUGUUCCCCAACUUUCCGCUGUUUUCGUCCGUCUCCCCCUUCGUCCCUCCGUCCGGUUGGUUGGGCUCAGCGGGACCGCCAUGGCGCAGCAACAGAUGCCAAGUUCGCAGAAAGCUCUGAUGCUGGAGCUGAAGUCGUUGCAGGAGGAGCCGGUGGAGGGAUUCCGCAUCACUUUGGUGGAGGAGUCGGACCUGUACAACUGGGAGGUGGCCAUCUUCGGACCCCCCAACACGCUAUACGAGGGGGGAUACUUCAAGGCUCACAUUAAGUUCCCCAUAGACUACCCCUACUCCCCACCCACCUUCAGGUUCCUCACCAAGAUGUGGCACCCCAAUAUCUAUGAGAACGGUGACGUGUGCAUCUCGAUUCUGCACCCACCUGUGGAUGACCCUCAGAGCGGAGAGCUGCCAUCAGAGAGGUGGAACCCCACACAGAACGUCAGGACCAUUCUGCUGAGUGUGAUCUCGCUGCUGAAUGAGCCCAACACCUUCUCCCCGGCCAAUGUGGACGCCUCUGUCAUGUUCCGCAAGUGGAGGGACAGCAAGGGCAAGGACAAGGAGUACGCAGAGAUCAUCAGGAAGCAGGUCCUCUCCACCAAGGCAGAGGCCGAGAGGGACGGCGUCCGGGUUCCCACCACCCUAGCGGAGUACUGCAUCCAGACCAAAGUGCCUUCCCACGACAGCAGCUCCGACCUGCUGUAUGACGACCUGUACGACGACGACAUUGAGGAGGAGGAUGACGAGGAGGACGCGGAGGCGUGCGGAGCCGGAGGGGGCAUGAGCGGAGAGGGGGGUGACUGUUACGAUGACGAGGACGACUCUGGCAACGAGGAGUCCUGACCGUCCUCUCUGCUGCCUGCCCCUGCCCCCGCCCUCCCCAAUCUGCAUUCCCCAGCACCGGAUACCUGUCCUUACACACACACACACACACACACACACACACACACACACACACACACACACACACACACACACAGCACUUGUAUUUUUUGUUUUGCAGCACAGAUCCACAUCCCACUCCUUUCCUCCCAAAAC